AUGUUGAUCUCCUGGAUUACGAAUACCAUUGAUCCUGAGGUACGUUCUUCUAUUUCUAAAUUUCGUGAGGCUCGGUUUCUGUGGGAACACCUUAAGAAACGUUAUGCUCAGACCAAUGGACCUAGAAUACAACAAUUAAAAUCAUCAAUUGCUAAAUGUGAACAAAAUCGUGAUAUAUCUAUCUCUGUUUAUUAUGGCAAAUUGCAUUCUGUUUGGCAAGAAUUGGAUCAUCACAAGCCUUUAAUAUCAUGUUCUUGUUGUACGAAUUGUGUUGCGGGUUUGCUUGAGGUUCGGCGUGAACAAUCAAAAUUACAUGACUUUCUUAUGGGAUUAUAUUCUGAUUUUUAUGCACCCUUGCGAUCUAAUAUAUUGUCUCAAGAUCCACUCCCAAGUCUGGAUCGUGCAUAUCAGUUGGUUGUGCAGGAUGAACGGGUACGAGCAGCAACACCUAAGCAGGUUCAUAGGCGCUAUGAGGCUCUCGGGUUUGCUUUCCGUACGGUUGCACCUCGUAGCUAUGAUUCUUCUGAUCGGGGUCAAGCUUCGCUUAUUGAUGAGCUUAAUUACAUUAUCCAAUUUAAUUCUUACAUAUGUGUUAUACAGGACCAAACGAAGGAGCUGAUUGGAACGGGAGCUAGGAGAGACGAAUUAUAUUAUUUUAGCAAUUCGGAAUCGGUGCAUCAUGUCGACAUUGGUGAAGCAUCCUCAACUUUGAAGUUAUGGCAUCGUCGAGUGGGGCAUCCUUCCAAGAAAGUAGUUAAGUUGCUUCCUCAUGUUAGUAGUAAUAAAGAUUAUCUAGAUAAGGGGUAUAAAGUAUUUGAUGAUUAUUCUAGAGCUGUUUGGAUGUAUUUGUUGGUUGAUAAAACAGAGGUUUUACGAAUGUUUUUGGCUUUUGUUGCAAUGGUUGAUAGAAAAUUUUCACAAACCAUUAAGAUUAUGCAAAGUAAUAAUGGUACUGAGUUUAAUUGCUUGCAUGAUUAUUUUGUUGCUUCGGGAAUUCUUUUUCAAACCUCUUGUGUCGGAACUCCACAACAAAAUGGGAGGGUUGAGAGAAAACACAAACAUAUUCUUAAUGUUGGGGGAGCUUUGAGAUUUGAAGCCAAUUUACCUAUUUAUUUUUGGGGUGAGUGUAUUCUUGCUCCUGCUCAUCUUAUUAACCGUACACCCACACCCUUGCUCCAAAAUAAAACUCCUUUUGAAAUACUUUUCAAUAAACCUCCUUCUUUUGAUGCAAUUCGUACCUUUGGAUGUUUGUGUUUUGCACAUAAUCAGAAAACUAAUGGCGAUAAAUUUGUAAGUCGGAGUAGAAAAUGUGUUUUUGUGGGCUAUCCCUUUAGGAAGAAAGGAUGGAAAGUGUAUGACCUUGAGUCGAAGGUUUACUUUGUUUCUUGUGAUGUGAAAUUUGUAGAGGGAGUGUUCCCAUUUGAUGCCCCAAAUGAUGUUAAUAUAGAGUCUACUUCCUAUGAUAAUGGAGAAAUACAUGAGGAUUUUUCGGAGUGUGUGGUUUUUUAUGAAAAUGUGGUGAAUUAUAAUGAUGGUGAAGUAGCUUGUGAUGAUGCUUUGGUGGUAGUUGAUGAUCCGGUGGCUGCCGACCACGACCCAGCUGAACCCGUGGCUGCCAAGCCAAGGCAGACCGCAAAUGAGCAGCCCGCACCCAGCUUGGCAGACAGCUCCGCAGCCACCCCGUGGCAGCCUUCCAUAAAUCGCAGGGGGGCUGCGGAGGGGCCUGUUUUUCCACCACAAGCAGCCAGCCCCACAGCUACCCCGCGGCAGCCUGCCACAGACCGCAGGGGGGCGCGGAGGGGACUGCCUCAUAGCGGCAACAACUCGAAGAGUAGUCCGACACCUACAUUGAGGCCUUGGAUUAAUGUCUUAGUCUAUGUUGAUGAUCUUAUUGUUUCUGGGAACGAUUCCGCUGCAUUGACUGUUUUCAAGGCUUAUCUUGGGUUAUUAGGUGCGAAACCAAGUGGUUUUCCAAUUGAGCAAAACCACAAACUUAGCCUUGCUAGUGGAGCAUUGCUUGUGAAUCCUGAGUCUUAUUGCAGAUUGGUAGGACGGUUGAUUUAUCUCUCGGGUUGGUGUGAUUCAGAUUGGGAGGCGGGUCCUCUUACUCGUCGUUCGUUGACCGGUUGGAUCGUGUUUCUUGGUAAAUCUCCUAUUUCAUGGAAGACCAAGAAACAACCCACAGUUGCUACAUCUUCUUCUGAGGCUGAGUAUCGUUGUAUGUCUUCUACUACACAUGAGUUGAAGUGGUUGAAGGCCUUGCUUUUGAGUAUGGGUGUCCAACAUCCUAAGGCGAUCAAAUUGUUUUGUGAUAAUCAAUCUACUAUACAUAUUGCUCGAAAUCCAGUUUUUCAUGAACGUACCAAGCACAUUGACAUUAAUUGUCAUAUUGUUCGUGAUGCCAUUAUAGAGGGCUUAAUUGCUCCUUCCUAUGUCUCUACUAAGGAGCAACUUGCAGAUAUUUUCACUAAAGCGCUUGGGAAGACUCAAUUUGAUCAUCUUCUUUCCAAGUUGUGCAUUUACGAUCCGCAUGCUCCAACUUGA